AAUAUAUAAAAUACAGAGGAUAAGUACACAAUUAAAAUCAAAUGAAAUAAAACAAACUUUAUUGCCAUUGUUAGAUACAAACUAUCCAUCACAGGAUUUAUGUUUUAAUAUACGUAAUGAUAUAAUUAAUAAACAUUUUGUGCCUGAACAUACUGUAGAUAUACAUAUCUUUGAAAUAUUUAUGAUAGAGAAGAAAUUUGAAACUGCUAAAGUUUACUUCAAAUAUUUAAAAAGCAAAAAUUAUCCUCUUAGUAAUUUUGUUCUGAUAAAAUAUUUGCAACUACUCAGUGCAGACCAAAAGCCACUAUCGAAUUUCGAAGAGGAAGAAAUUUUACAUAUAUGUGAUGUAAUAAAAAAGAAAUAUGAAUGUAUACCUUCCUCGAUUUUAUUCAUUUGUGUUCAGGUUUUAUGUUUGACUAGUAAAUGGGAAACAGUAUUUGAUUUAAUUAAAUUUAAUAAUAGCGAAAAUAUAAGUUCCAAAACAAUGUCAUACAUAGCAGUAGCAGCAUUUCGAAAUGGAAAAUCAAACAUUGGAUUUGAAUUUAUAAGUGAAAUAGAGUCUAAUAACCAAGAUAUGAAUGGACGUCAAUAUAUAUAUGAUCAAUAUUUGAAUUAUUAUAUAGAACAUAAGAAAGAUAAAUUGAAUGAUGCAAUUGAAAAAAUGUUUCAUUUUUGGAGAAAACAUGAUAUAAUACCAAAACAGUCUAUUGUUAAUAAUUUUGUAAAUACUUGUCAAAAAUCAGGAUGGGAGGCACAUUAUACUAAAAUUAUAUUAGAUGGGAAAUGCAGUCAUUGUAAUAAUCAAUUAGCACCAAUGGUUUUAGAGGAUAGUUUUCACAAACUAUUUAAGUCUGUGUUAUCUGAAAUAGUAAUAGGUCAUGAUAUUUUUCAAAAGAGCACUCCAAGUGAAUUUAAUAAAUUUAAACAAUUUAUUGAUAAAACAAAGCCAUUUGACAUUGUGGUAGAUGGUCUUAAUAUGACAUAUGGAAUAUACGGAAAUUCAUCGUUGCGAAACAUAAUGUUAAAAUUUAUUAAAGAACAUAAAAAAAUUUUGGUCAUUGCACGGAAACACCAAUAUAAUUCAAUUAAAUGGAUGUUUGAGCUAGAUAAUAUAUUAGUUUAUUUCUUUCAAAAUAUAACAGAUGAUGAUUCCUAUAUCUUAUAUGCAACUUUAGCAAGUGGAAAUAAAGCGAAAUUUAUAUCUUUAGAUCUGCAGCGACAACAUUAUCAUAAACUCAAAGAUGUGAAUAUACAGAAAAUAUUUAUACGAUGGCAAUUUACACAUCAAUAUACUUGGGUUCGAGUGAAUUUAAAGAAAUAUAUUUUGAUCGACCCUGUAUCAUACAAUCCUUUUGCACAAGUUAUAAACGGACAUUGGCAUAUUCCUUAUAAGGAGACAAAUAAAUCAUUGCAUAAGCCUGUUGAUACAUGGGUUUGCUUACAUCGUUCAAAAAAAUGAAUAGUAUAUUCAAUCAUUAUAAUGAAAAUAAUAA